GCCGCGCUGUGGCCGCAGUGUGGCCCCGGUGUGAUCCCGCUGUGAGCCCAGCGCAGCCCCAUGACAGCACACAGCCGCUGCUGCCCUGCACCCAUCGGAUUCUGCACUGCCAUGGCUGCAGCCUGCAGCUUGCCCAGGUGCAGUCAGGGCUCACAGCUGUGACGUCUGCUGUGACACCACGGGGUGCACAGUGGGCUGCAGGGCUCUGAGCAGCCCCUCUGCUGCCUGCCAUGGCUCUGCCCCAUGCAUCCAUGCUGACUCGCCGGUGCCUCCGCCUGCUGACCCCACAGCCCGUGUUCCUGAGCAGCCUGCCUGGGUGGGACUGCCGACAGCCAACAGGGGAGAGAGCAGCCAAGAGGAGAAGGAGGAAGGAUGGGGAGGGCCGCAGCCUGCCAGCAUCCUCCUGGGAAGAGAGGUUGGCAGAUGCAGCGACACCGCUGUGGAGACUUCCAUACCAGGAGCAGCUGCAGGUGAAGUAUGAGAGCCUGAGGGAGGUUCUGCAGACCCUGACAUCACAUCUGUUGGAGCUGGGAGGAGGUGUGCAGGAUCCCGGAGGGCUCUGCUGUCCCCUGCAGCCCGUGGUCCCCUCGCCCACCGUCAAUGGGUACCGCAACAAAUCCACGUUCUCUGUGAACCGAGGGCCGGAUGGGAACCCCAAAACAGUGGGGCUGUAUGUGGGGACAGGCAGAGCAAAAAAUAUUGUCUGCGUGAGAACUGACCACAUGAAGAACAUACCCCUAAAGCACAAACAAGUGGCCCAGUGCUAUGAGCAGUUCAUCCGCCGCUCCCCGCUGGGCUCCUGCAUCCUGUUCCAUGAAGGUGGGCACUGGAGGGAGCUGGUGGUGCGCACCUCCCAGCACGGCCACACCAUGGCCAUCGUCACCUUCCACCCCCAGCAGCUGGGCCGGGAGGCUCUGGAUGCUCAGAAAGCACUGCUGAGAGAGUUCUUCACCUGUGGACCUGGAGCAGUGUGUGCCCUGACGUCGCUGUACUUCCAGGAGAGCACCAUGACACGCUGUUCCCAUGAGCAGUCACCCUUCCAGCUCCUUCAUGGAGAACCACACAUCUUUGAAGACGUGCUGGACCUGACAUUUCGCAUCUCCCCAGAUGCCUUUUUCCAGGUGAACACAAGAGGAGCAGAAGUGCUGUACCAGGCAGUCAGGGAGCUGAGCCAGGCUGCCACAAACACUGUGCUCCUCGAUGUCUGCUGUGGGACAGGCACGAUUGGUCUCUCUCUGGCUCGCCACGUGUCCAAGGUCAUUGGUGUUGAGAUAGUGCAGAAGGCAAUAGAGGAUGCCAGGUGGAAUGCAGCAUUCAAUGGAAUUUCAAACUGUGAAUUUCACAGUGGAAAGGCAGAGGCUGUGUUACCAGAGCUGCUCUCAUCGUGGGAGGAUGCCCGACCCCUUGUUGCAGUGGUGAACCCAUCCCGGGCUGGGAUCCGCUGUGCUGCCCCCCUGACCCAAGGAAGAAGCUGGAAGGAGAGCCGUUUGCCCCCGCGCUGGCUGUCCCUUUCGACAUGUUCCCUCACACUGCUCACUGUGAGCUGGUGCUGCUGCUCACCCGCUGACAGCAAGGAGGUUUGCAGCUCUGCGAGCUCAGGAAGCGACCUCCUGAUGUCCUUAAGGAGCAGAUGUGGCUCCUUAUUUUUAUAUGAAUCUCAAGAAAUGAGUUAUUUUCCAUUUGCUCUUACUGCGGGUUGCCUAAUCUAUAUGGAAACAUAAUGAUUUCUGGAAGUCGUUUUCUCAUUGGGUUGCUCUGCAAUAGCCAAAUAAAUAGAUAAACCAGGCUAAUUGCAUAAAUGAA